UUGAAGCAGUGGAAUUUUCUUCUUUUCAUCCUCAGCCUUCAUCAGACUGGAACCAUUCAUCGGAGGCCUCUUUGGAAAGGUUCAACACUGACAUCCUUCUAGCUGGGUUUUCUGUUUAAAGUACACAGCUGACAGCAAGAAAAAACAUGAGCGUGCAAACUCUCUCAAGAACGGAAAUCCUACAGGAGUUUCGUUUUCGAUGCCAGUCACUGACUGCCAAUGACAACAAAGGCUUUAAGCAGGAGUUUGAGGAGCUGGAGGAAGUUGGCAAACACCUCCCCAGCAAAGCAGGGGACUUAGUGACCAACCGAGAAAAGAACAGAUACCCUUACAUCUUGCCAUAUGACCACUGUCGGGUGAAGCUGUCUGUUCAAAACUCCGAUCCACACAGUGACUACAUCAAUGCAAAUUUUGUGCCUGGUGGAGGAUCAGAAAGAGAUUUUAUCUGCACCCAGGGUCCUUUGCACAACACCAUGGCUGACUUCUGGAGGAUGGUGUGGGAGCAAAACGUCAGGAUAAUCAUCAUGGUGACAGCUCUGAGACACAAGGACACAGUAUUGUGUGAUAUGUAUUGGCCUCUGGAACCAGGGACAGUUUAUCAUGGACUAAUCCGAGUGACGACAAUGACCCGCAAACAAGGUCCAGAUUAUUUUAUUACCACAAUAAACCUCAGCCAGAGAGACUUUCCAACAGACCGUAUAAUCACACACUACUACUACCCUUGCUGGCCAGACCGGGGUGUGCCUAACACCUCUUCUAUGUGUGCCUUCACUGAGCAUGUGCGGCAGCAUUUAGAAGCCAUUCCUCGCCUGGGACCGACAGUGGUGCACUGCAGUGCAGGCGUUGGACGGUCAGGGACAUUUGUCACACUGUUGUGGAUGAUGCAGCUGUGUGCGAGGGGCAUCCGGCCUGAUAUCAGGGCCGCUGUGGAGGACCUACGGCUACAUCGGAUGUGGAUGGUCCAGACUCUGGUCAGUCCUGUGGGGCAUACUAUGGUGGUGGAAGAUGUAUUGAGAUUUUUUACUUCGGUAGAAGUAGCAAAAACAAAGUAA